AUUUUUAUUGUGUAAGAGACACGAGUGCUUGUUUCCGUGACCGUACUGUCUUCACCAAAGUUCCUAUCGUCAUCGUAAGUGCUCGAGCGCUGGCAACAGCUGUAAUUCACUCUCUGUUGAGUAAUCACUCGUAUUCCGCUGUGAAACGUAUCUAGUUUUCAUAGUGCAACAAGGCAGUUUGAGGAGUGCGCGCGUUGCGAAGAAUUCCAAGCGAUGCAAAGAUCAAUCGGCAUGACAGAGACGCUGGAAUACACACCGGUGUACGAUGACGCUACUGUUAAAUUUCUUGAGAAAGAAUUCGCAAGACUCAAAGACGAGUGCUACGUGGAUCACGCGGGCGCUACUCUGUACGCAGACACACAGAUUAAAAACGUCUAUGCCGAUCUGCACGGCUCUCUCUACGCCAAUCCGCACUCCGUCGGUAUCGCGAGUUCGUCGACACAAGAUGUCAUCGAACGCACGAGAUACCGAAUCUUGAGCCAUUUCAACACAACGCCCGACGAAUACAGCGUUAUUUUCACCUCAGGCGCCACAGCUAGUCUAAAGCUGAUCGCGGAUGGAUUUCGUUUUGCGUCGAAUAAAAGCAACGCGACUCGGCAUUCGGGAAGCUUCGUUUACAUGCAGGACAAUCAUACGUCAGUUCUCGGGAUGCGAGAUGUGAUCGCCAGCCGAGGCGUCGAAGUCACCUGCCUCGGUCACGACCGGGCGUUUCAGAUUUUCAGCCAGCGAUCGCCCUCUCGCAGUUUUCAAGAGCAUAGCGGCAACUCCCUCUUUGUGUAUUCCGCGCAGUGCAAUUUUUCCGGCAUGAAAUAUCCCCUUAAGUGGAUCAGAGACACGCACAUCGGCGCACUUUCCGUGGUGGCUGGCGAACCGUCGGCCAGGUGGUACGUUCUGCUCGAUGCGGCUAGCUUUGUUCCAACCAACAACCUGAACUUGUCUAUUUUCAAACCGGACUUCGUGUGUCUGUCUUUCUAUAAAAUGUUCGGCUAUCCGACCGGCAUCGGCGCUUUGCUAGUCAAGAACUCCAGCUCGGAUGUUUUGGAAAAGGUGUACUACGGCGGCGGCACUGUGGACGUCGCGCUCAGCUCUGAAAUGUUUCACAAGAAACGUCAAGUGUUACAUCAGAGAUUCGAGGAUGGAACUAUGCCGUUUCUGUCCAUCGCCUCGCUAAAACACGGCUUCGACGUACUUUCCGAGCUUACCAUGGAGCGAAUAUCGCAGCACGUGUUUUCUCUCGCCAAACUUCUGCAUCGUUCCCUGUUGAUGUUGCAUCACUUCAACGGUAAACCGGUUGUGAAACUUUACUCCGAUUCCGAUUACGAGGAUCGCGACACCCAAGGAGGUGUUGUUACGUUCAAUCUCGCGCGAUCGAACGGCGAAUACGUAGGCUACAUGGAAGUUGUUAACAUGGCGGCGUUAUUCAAGAUACAUCUUCGAACCGGUUGCUUUUGCAAUCCCGGCGCGUGUCAAAGACAUCUGUCCCUCUCGGCAGAGGACAUUCUCGAGAAUUACGAGGCGGGAUACACGUGUGGCGGUGCCGCGGAUUUAAUAAACGGCAGACCAACCGGAGCGGUGAGAAUUUCAUUCGGAUACAUGUCCACUAUCAAAGACGUGCAGACACUCCUCCUCAUGAUCAACGAGUGUUUCGUCGACAAACCGUGCGUCAGAAAGUAUCCACAGUGGUGGGAAGAUCACACGAUAAAGAUUCGCAGAAAGUACGGACACUUUUACAAGUCCAACAUUCUGGAUCAUCCCAUCAGGUGUCUUACAAGUAGCAAGAAAGAUAUCGCGCGCAGUACUUUACAGAACAAUGUCCGUAACGAAAGUCAGAAUCCCGAUCCUAUCGCAUAUUCCAUAAACACUGACAAAAUAAUUACCCAAGCAGAUAACAAAUGUAUCUUGCGACGGUUAUUUGUAUAUCCUAUCAAAUCGUGCGGCGCUUACGAAAUUACAGAUUCGUGGAAUCUGAAUUCAAAGGGUCUCGAGUACGACAGAGAAUGGAUGAUAAUGUCGUCAUCUGGAACUUGCUUGACGCAAAAACACGAUGUAAAUCUAUGUCUGCUGAAACCGGUUGUUCUCAGAGAUGAAAAAAUUAUGAAAUUAACGUAUCCAGGAAUGCCAACUAUCGAAAUACCUUUGGAAAAUACUUAUGAAAAAUCCACGGAACAUCCCGUGUGUCAGAGCAGAGUCUGCGAGAGCAGAGUGCAAGGUAUCGAUUGUGGAACGGAAGUUUCCGAGUGGCUCAGUUUGGCAUUGGGCAAACCAAACCUUAGACUAAUUCGGCAAAGUCACGGGAGACAAAAGAAAGGACUGGAUAAAGCAGAACUAUCAUUUUCUAGUCAGGCGCAAUAUUUAAUGAUAAACGAAGCAAGCGUAUCGUGGCUUAUCGCUAAAAUAUCUGAUGACUUGGAUUUCGAAAAAGACACGGCAAUUCAUCGAUUCAGAGGAAAUAUCAUUGUGGAAGGUUGCAGUGCCUUUGAUGAAACGCAAUGGAAACAUAUACGCAUAGGAAAUAAUCAUUUUAAGAUCAAUGGUCCUUGUACGAGAUGCCAAAUGAUAUGCAUUGAUCAGACAACUGGAAAAAAGACUGUUGAACCAUUGAGAACAUUAGCAGAAGAAUUUCAUGGAAAACUGAGAUUUGGAAUUUACUUGACACGAUUGGAAAACACACAAAGUAUACUUAAGAUUGGUGACCAUAUUCACUAUUCAUGAAUCAUGUUUUUUAAAUAAAAAAAUCAUCGUAUGUAACUUCACGUACAAAACUUAAAAACACACUAUCAUCAACUACAGAAGAAUCUCACACAGUUCUAUUAUAAGCCUUUAGCAAAUUUAUAUAAACUCAUACAUAUCAAUAUAACAAAUUUUACAUGAAUGAUACGAUUGUACCUGAUUUGUAAUAAAAACGUUUAUAGCAAUA